UAUAUUGAACCAAGAUACUAACCAAUAAGCAACCCUUACUUUUAAUAGUGUUGCCAUUCCAACUUCAACCUCAGAGAUUUCAAGCAAGCCGUACUCUGGAUGGGAUACGGCAUUGCUCCCAACCUCAUCCUCUUUUUAAAUUCGCUUUCGAUUCCAGGGAUGUUUUGGGAUCGUAAAUGCGGUCACGUGGUUCUCUUUGAGAGGUUAUAGCCUCGACGCAGAGGAGAGACCCAACUGAUUCACACUCACACAUGCAAGCGCACACCCAUCAUCUUUAAACACGUCUCCCACACACCCUGAAGGAGUAUAAAUCCCGAUAAGACGCCACAGACUUGCUCACAUGUACACAUACAGCGCCAGAGACUGCGCGCGAGGAACACGCCAGGUUGGAUCCAGUCCACAUUUAUUAAUUUUCCCUUAUCUGUGUUCAAUAUUGAAAAUGGAAAGCAAACAGUUGGCGCGGAAGUUGUCAGCAGAUAGACCCUAGUCUCUAUUGAAAAACAAGAGAGAGUCAAUACAGAAGCACAGCCGAGAGGUCCAAUGUGCUUCGCGGACUGAAACGUCCAGCUCUGCCGAGGCCCGAAGACCGUAUGGAACACAGCAACCAUGCAAGACUGUGAUUAUUAUCUGUGCCUCACGGUCUACACCGUCACCUUCAUCACCGGCUUCCCGGCCAACGUCUUGGCCUUCUACACGCUCAGCCGCAAGGUCUGGAGGAAGCCGGCGCCCAUUGACAUCCUCCUCCUCAACCUGACCAUCUCAGACUUGCUCUUCCUCAUCUUCCUCCCCUUCAAGAUGCAAGAAGUGGCCAAUAACAUGGUGUGGAACAUCCACUACUUCCUCUGCCCGCUGUCCGGUUUUGUCUUCUACAUGACCCUCUACAACAGCACCUUCUUCUUGACGGCGGUGAGCGUGGAGCGCUACCUCGGCGUGGCGUUUCCAAUCCAGCACUCCCUGUGGAGGAGGCCCGUCUACGCCGUCUUUGCUAGCAUCUUCAUUUGGGUGUUUUCCAUCCUCCAUCUCAGCAUCGUCUACAUCGUGCCCUACUACAACCCGUCCGGGAUGGAGCCGCCAUCCAGGAACGUCUGCUACGAGGAAUUCACCCCCGAUCAACUCGAGAUCCUCUUGCCCGUGCGCUUGGAGUUAUGCAUCGUCCUCUUCUGCGUCCCCUUGCUUAUUUGCAGCUUCUGCUACAUAAACUUCAUCCGCAUCCUUUCGAAUCUGCCGAACAUCGGCCGUCGGAGAAGACUGAGGGCGAUAGGGUUGGCUUUGGGGACGCUGUUGGUGUUUGUGCUCUGUUUUGGACCCUAUAACGUCUCCCAUGUGGUCGGCUUCAUAACCAAGAUAAGCCCCGCUUGGAGAGACAAAGCUCUUCUUCUCAGCACGUUCAAUGCUUGUUUGGACCCGAUUAUUUUUUACUUCACCUCUGCGGCUGUUAGAAACACACUCGGGGCGAUGAUGAGGGGCAUCUGGGGUAGAUGCUGGUGCCCUCAAAUCCUAUGGAGCUCCAGGAAGGAGCCUCCUGAAACUGAGAAAAACAGUCUCCCGAAGCCACAGGAAAUCAGCAACGCACUUUGACCGAAGGCUUUUUUAAUUUGGGCCAGGGAACGACCGUGCAAUUAUUUUUAUUACACAAAUGCCACAUGGUAAACAUUACUGAACUUCCUUGUAAGACGGAGGCGACGAGGAAUGCCAAAACAACUCCGCUCACGUGUGCUAAGAAAACGUACUGGAGAGACUGAAUUAAGUGUUGGCAAACUUCCUUUUGUAUAGCGUGUUUAUCCAUCCGUAGUGUGAGCAUCCUCAUAACAAACUUGUCGUCGUUCUCUUUAUUGAGUAUGAACAGACAGCGGUAUGAAGGCAUUGAUCACCGGGAUAAAUGAGCCACAGUCGCCGGCCGCAUAAAGGUCAACAGAAGCGCCGCUCUCAAGCACGUCGCGUAAAUAUUUGAAAGCGCUUCAGUUCUGAAGGCCGGUGCUUAUUCGGAAACUGUGGUUUUCUGACGGUUUGUGUACGUGUUUGAUGGAGGGUGCACGACUUCUUCAUUUGAAGUGUACAGGAAAUGGUAAAAGUUGCACCACAGAAAUUAAUGGUGAAAGAUAUGAAGGAAAUUAGCACUGCGUAGUCAUUGCUGAUUGGUGAGGCCGUGUGCUGUUAUAUUGAUGUAAAACACGUGGUUUCUGUGUUAAAAUAAGCUGAUAUAUAUAGGAUGAUUCCCCUGAACUGUUAAAACCUAAAAAAACAUAAAUAAAAACAAAACAUAUCUUUAAAUACAUAACAAAAUAGAAAGACUC